AUAUACAUGUAUGAAUAUAUAUAUAUGCUUGACGCUGGAUUUAUUUGCUUUUUAUAAAAAAAAAUUAAAUUAUGAUUAAAGAAAUGAUGUGAUUAACAUUGAACAACAAUGAGCACUUCAAAGAGUAAUCUAGUGAGAGAGUGUCUAUCUUUAGAGAAUAAUCAUCUGCAUUAAUGAAGAUAAAUAAUUGUUUCAAAAUAACAUUCUCAGCGAAGUGCUAAAGAUCGUUAUGGUAGUGGUAGAGUAUCACACACAUUCAAUCAGCAAGGAAGGUACACGAAAAGAAGUGACAAUAAAUCUAUUUCAUCAAAUGGCGACUACCUGGCGAGGUUAUAUACAUCUGUCAAUGACCAACUGCAAGUGUAAUGCUCUACAAAUGAUUUGAAGAGAAGUAACGUGACUUCCUUAGCUCAGUUAUGGAGGAUAGCUUGAGCGUUAAGUCAAUGGAAUCAGUAGCUACGAGUGACGAGUACGAAUUUGUAAACGAAAAAGAUCCAAGCAAAAAUAACCAAGUUUUGCUUGAACCACCAAUGCUGAAAAUUGCUAAUAAUGGUAAUUUGGAAGAUCUGCAGAAUGAUUUGAGAGAGGUUCUAAUCGAAGAUACAAAAAUGGAGAAUUUAGACAAUGUCGACAACAAACUUAUUCAAAGUACUCAAAUUACAAAGGAAGUAGGAAAAAGUAAAUUCUAUGACUUGGGAUCGACAGAAAAGCAAGAUGAAAUGAAACCUGAGGAUUUCGAUGAUUGUGAAAUCAGUUCUCUCGCUGACGUAAAUCAAGACUGUACAAUUUUUAAUGGGGUAACUUAUUUAGGUGCAGCAGCCAUCAAUGCUCCUAAAUCAGCAGCUGAAAUCCAAAGAAAUAUGGCAAUACUUUCAGCAGAAUUAACUCAGAGCUUAGAAAUCAAAAUUUCAGUUUCAAUCCCAAGCAGCUCUCAAGGCUCUGUAGUACUUUAUGAUGCUGCAACACAACAACCUAUAGUUCAUUAUGAAGUCCAAAGAAUUUUAUUUUAUGCUCGUGGUGAUACUUCCGGUCCAUGUGCAGCAUGCUUUGCAUUCACUUGGUCUCACGGUGAUACUCAAGAAUCAGCCAUUUUUCAGUGUCAUGUGUUUCGUUGCGAUAUACCUGAAGCAGUUGGCCAAGUGUCUGCUUGCUUUGCUAAAGCAUUUAAGAAAAUUUCACCAUCAAUGACAAGUUCAUUAACUGCCAGUGACUUCAGUAACUUUUCUGGCAAUGAGAAAAGUAAUUCUAGAGUGUUUAUCUUCGAGGUAACAAUGGAAUUAAAAGAAGAAGAUGGAAGAGGAAGUUACAGUACUGUACCUAAAGAUAGAAAUUGUUUUAAAUUAAGGAGUAAUGUUGCAAAGCAAGUUUGUUUGAGUAUUCAGCAAGUGUCCAGUAAAGAAGGAGGAAUUAUUCUUGAAGUAGAAAGAUGUUUUGGAGUUUUAGUAAGCCCAGGACGUAAUGUUAGACACAGUGAUAUGCGACUAUUAGAGAUGCAAUCUAGUACUGCCCCAAUGGGUCAAGAUAGACAAUGCUACAAUAUUUGUGGUCGAUGGGAUCCUGCUGAUCCUGCAUUAGAGAAUCUCAAUAAUGAAACUAAAGAAGGUAAAAUUUACAUGACUGUUGCCGUAGAUCUUGUAAUACGGCGCAUCCGUGAACCCGUCCGAUUUGUAAUUGAAACUGCUGUUAAAGUUUAUUCUCAAAAUGAGCGAUUUUGGUAUUUAAAUAAGAAAAACCUUGUUCAACAAUUUCAACUUAAUUCUAAAGAAAUAAUAUCAGAAGAUAAAUCAGAAGUACACUAUGAAGUUCAAAAUAUCGAAACCUCAGGAGAAUUGGAUAGAAAUCGUUUGAAUCUUGCGUUAAAUUUAGCAUCGUUAAUUAGAUCAUCAUCACUUACUAGUAUAGAUACGUUGACGCCUAAAGAAGAAGUAGACUCUGAUGGAGAUGAACCUAUGCUUAGCGGAACUGGUAAAGUAUCCAAGGAUUGUUCAGCUGAUGAACUUGCAAGUUGGAGUGAAGUGUUAGAUAGCUGGCAAGUAAAUAAACAUCGUCCAAAGUUGCUGAUAAAAUUAACAAAACAAGGAAUACCUGAGGCGCUUCGUGGUGAAGUUUGGCAACGACUCAGCAACUGUGACACUUCGCAAGAAAUGAUGGAUAAAUACAGGAUUUUAAUUACGAAAGAAAGCAGCUGUGAGAGUGUUAUUUUAAGAGAUAUUAAUCGAACAUUUCCAGCUCAUGAUUUUUUCAAGGAAACUGGUGGUUUAGGACAAGAUUCAUUGUAUAGAAUAAGUAAAGCUUAUGCUGUUUUUGAUGAAGAAGUAGGAUAUUGUCAAGGACUUAGCUUUCUAGUCGCUAGUCUUCUUUUACACAUGCCGGAAGAGCAAGCUUUCUGUGUAUUAGUUAAACUUAUGUAUGACUAUGGAUUACGAGAUUUGUAUAAAGAUCGAUUUGAUAAUCUUCAUAUGCGUUUCUAUCAAUUAAAUCGACUAAUGGAGGACCAACUUCCAGAACUCUACAAACACUUUUGUGAUCGUGGAGUUGAAACGCAUAUGUUUGCUGCACAAUGGUUUCUAACACUUUUCACAGCAAGAUUUCCACUGUAUCUGGUAUUUCAUAUCCUUGAUGUUUUCCUUCUUCAAGGACUUGAUACACUCUUCCAAGUAGCACUGGCAUUAUUGAUGAUGAGUAAAAAAGAGUUAUUGCAAUUGGAUUUCGAAAGCAUACUUAAAUACUUCCGAGUUCAUUUGCCUAAACGAUGUCGAAACGAAGAAGUAUCACGUUAUGUAAUGAAACUCGCAUGUUCAGUGACAUUGAAGAAGUUGAAGAAAUAUGAAGCAGAAUUCAUGGCUUUGAAAGAAGCUCAAGAAAAUGCUGACGAGUAUAGCAAUGAGGUGGAGCAACUACGAGGGGCUGUUGCAAGGAGUGAAGAAGAAAAACAGAGACUUGAAAUUGAAGUUGCUCAAGUUAAAGAAAUGUUGCAGAGAGAGGUGACACGAGCUGAUGCUGAAAGUCGAAGAAAUGUAAUAAUUAUUAAUGAAUAUAAACAGAUAUGUCAACGCUUGGAAGACGACUAUAAUGCCGCAAAAACCGCACUCAGUGACUUACGAAUAAAGAUAUCCAAUUGUGACAAUUGUAGAACAAUUCUCAUGGAGUCUUCCAAAGUUUAUGCUGACAUUUCCCAUCCACUGGAGAAUCGAACAGAUCCAAUGCUUCAUCGAGCACAAGAGCGUGUGAGAGAAUUGGAAUUAGAGUUGGCUCAAACUAAAUUAGCUCAUGUGGAAGCAGAAUGCAGAAAUCAAGACCUGACUCAUCAAUUACAUGCAGCCGCAUCUGAACUCCAAGCAGCACGAAACUCGUGGCCGUGGCUUAGUAAAACGCUUUUGAGUAUAAAAGAAGCAGCAAAUAAAAGAGACGUUGUUGGACCUGGUGUAUUAAGACGCGAGGGUACAUCAGCAGGUGAAUUAAGGCACGCCAUGCAUUCGCAGAGUCGAGAUAGUAUAAAAGAAGCUAUUUGAUUAGGUGAAUCAACCGGCUCACGAGUUUAUCGAGUUUGGGAGUAAAAAAUUUUGAUUGGCUGUGGGAAGAAAAAAAGAGGCUGUUGAAAAUUAAGUUUGACAAACAAAACAAACAUUAUGAGUACUCAUUAUUAUACUUUACACCGUAAUUUUUAGUUUAGAAAUAAUUUGAAGUUCAUUAAAAACUAAUAAUCAUUUUUAGUCUCAUAAUAUAUUAUUCUAGUGAAAGACAUUAUUGUUAAGUAAUUUUGUUACGUUUUAUAAUUAUAUUUUAUUCUUUUUGGAACCUUAACAUAAAUAAUUUUAAAAUAUUUUGAAUUUUUUUCCUAAAUUAUACUUAUAGUAAUUUUUUGAUUUAAAUUGUUGCCAUAGUGUGAAAUGUAGAGUAGACUAUUUCGACCAAUGAAGGAUUGUAGUGUUAUUGAGAUAUAAAAAAGCAUUUCCAUGCCAUGACGACAAACUAAUGAAUCUUUAUCUGAACAAAAUAUUUUUUUACGUAAAAAAUUUAUUUAAAAAAUUAUUUUAACAUUCCAACUAAUAAAAAAAAAGCUUUUGUUUAAAAGAAAUAUAUUUAUGUUUUUAUUUAGCUUUUUCCCAUUGAUGAAUAGUAUCAGGUAUUCUAAAAAAAAUGUACGUAACUUUUAUAAAGAAUAAUGAUAAGGGAUUACAAAGGAAUGAUAUUCAAUGGUUGCAACUUUUUAGCUUUAUAGGAGUGAUUAAUUUUUAAGAAAGCGGAAUACUUUUUAAGUGAAUAAAUGACCAGAAAAAAAUAUUUAACAGUCCACUAAUGUUAUAGAAGUUACUUUAAAUAUUAGUUAUGUGUGUAUUAUGUAAAACUGAAUCAAAUAAUUCAUGUACAUAAAAACAAACACACGUAAAUAUACUUGCAAUUACACUCAUGUCUAUUAAUCUAAUAUUGUAAAGUUCUAAAAUUAAUACCAUCCUUA